UUAAGCUGCUUUUGAUUAUACCAGCAAAACGUUUGUCAGUUCGUUGCCCUAUCAAAAUUAGACUGAGAGGCCCGCCUCACUUCUGAUUGGUUUGUUAACGUGCAACCAGGAACAGACGCAGUCGAGUUAAAGCGAGAUGGGCAUUUAAAAAGUGGCAGAUUUGGCAUCCAUCUUUGCACACUUCAAAGGUAUUGUAAAAAGAAGGGCACGAUGAAGAAAGAGCAGGUACUGAAUUGUCAGUUCUCCAACUGGUAUCCACAUUUCAAGAGCCAGACUAUUCGCAGCAUCGUACUUCCACUGCCACAGAAUGUGAAAGAUUACUUACUAGAUGAUGGAACUCUGGUAGUUUCAGGAAGGGAAGAUCUCCCAACCAGUUCCCAAGAAGAUUGUGAUGGCAAUGACGCGGAGGAAGUGCAGUGGUCUGAUGAUGAAAACACCACAACACUUACGGCCCCAGAAUUCCCUGAGUUUGCACUGAAAGUUCAAGAAGCUAUCAAUGCCCUGGGAGGCAGUGUUUUUCCCAAGCUCAAUUGGAGUGCUCCAAGGGAUGCCUACUGGAUAGCGAUGAAUAGCUCCUUGAAAUGUGAAUGCAUCAGUGAAAUCUUCCUGCUUUUCAAGAGCUCAGACUUCAUUACUCGAGAUUUCACUCAACCGUUUAUCCACUGUAAUGAUGAUUCCCCAGACCCCACCUUGCAGUAUGAGCUUGUGCUCCGAAAAUGGUGUGAAUUAAUUCCUGGAGCAGAAUUCAGGUGUUUUGUAAAAGAAAACAAGCUUAUAGGUAUAUCCCAACGGGACUACACUCAGUACUACGAGCACAUCUCUAAACAAAAAGAAGAGAUCUGUAGAUGUAUACAGGAGUUUUUCAGGAAACACAUACAAUACAAAUUCCUUGAUGAAGACUUUGUGUUUGAUGUCUACAGGGACAGCUGGGGAAGGGUGUGGCUAAUAGAUUUUAAUCCCUUUGGAGAAGUAACAGAUUCCCUGCUCUUUACAUGGGAGGAAAUACUCUCUAAAAAUAAUCUGAACAGUGAACAGAGUGAAGGAGCAUCCAUGGAACAGGACUGUCCCUCGUUUCGUUGUACAAACAGCAACCUCACUGUCCAGCCAAGUCCCUAUCUCAGUUACAGACUCCCCAAAGACUUUGUUGAUCUUUCCACUGGAGAAGAUGUUCACAAAUUAAUCGACCUGUUGAAACUAAAAAGAAAUCAGCAUGAUGAUGAAGAAUCAUGAAGUACAGGAUGAAACUGGGAGGCUACAGUUUGGUGGGUGGGAAACAGGUUUUUAACACAUCCAGCUCAGAGAAAAUCUGUUGUUUUUUUUUACAUUGGGCUCACAUAACUGAGACAAUGCCAGUCUUGGUGAGGGUUUAAUUAAAUACAUUUAUCUUCAGCA